UGGUGCUAUAUUGCUGCCACUCAUUAAUAAAUUUAGCUCUCUUCAGUCUGUAGGGGGCGCUGUCGUUUUAAAGUCAGGGAAACGCUGGCCGCAAUCUCGCGUCAUCACGUCUGGUAUCGCGGUGUUUGCGCCGACAUUUCGUGCAGCAAGAACUUUCACAGAAGCUACAGAAGAAGACAAGCGCUCCGUUCAUGAAUUAAACCUCAGUGUGUUUGUUGACACAUUUCUCGGUUGUAGGGCUGUUGUUUAGCAGUCAAUAUGGCGGUAGUCAUCAGACUGCAGGGUUUGCCCAUAGUGGCCGGAACCAUGGACAUCAGACACUUCUUCUCUGGGCUAACCAUACCUGACGGGGGAGUGCACAUCGUGGGGGGUGAGCAUGGUGAAGCCUUCAUUGUCUUUGCUACUGACGAGGACGCUCGGCUUGGGAUGAUGCGAACAGGCGGGUCCAUUAAAAGCUCCAAAGUGUCCCUGUUGCUUAGCAGCAAGACAGAGAUGCAGAACAUGAUUGAACUCAGCCGCCGCAGGUUUGAGGCUGGGGCGGGCGCUGUGGAGACGGCUGCACCUACAGCAGGAAAUCCUAACCGACAAGCAGGCACCGCACCCAUACCCUCAGUGCAGCCAGGGGCUGGGGGGAGAAGCAGUAGCCAUGGAAACCAAGGCUUUGGUAACACCUCAGCGUCAGUGACGGCAGCAAGCUCAUCUCAAGAGCCACCGAGCAACAAGGCAGUGGCCAGUGUUGUGUCCAGCUUCCCCAACAGCUACAGCUCCGCCCCCACAAUCACCACAGCUCUGGCAUCGCUCAAUGCAGGGCCCCCACCCAUCCCUCCACUUCCUAGCAUGCCUUCCAUGCCCACUCUGCCCAGUAUUCCAGUUCCUCCUCCAGUGUCCUCCCUUCCCCCUGUACCUACUGUCUCUCCCCUUUCCCAAGGUCCUCCUGUGCCUCAUAUGUCCCAUCUCGCCCACAUGUCCUCUAUGCCUCCCUUCAACCCCUCCCUACCUCCCCCAGGGGGAAUGGGUUCCGGUCUCCCUCUUGGAACUCCCAACCCCAUGCUAUUCAACCCUCUCUCACCUCUGGCCUCGCUGGGCCUCCAAGCCCAUAUGAAGGCUGCUGCUGCAGCAGCCGCCGGGGUUGGUGUGGCGCAUCCCGAUGAGUUGUUUGUCCUUCUGCAGAACCUCCCGUUCUCCUGCUCAGAGAUGGAUGUCAGGGAGUUUUUCCGGGGUCUGGGGGUGGAUGGGGUUCGCCUUCUGAGGGACGGACAGGGUCGGCCAACUGGCAGGGCUAUGGUCAAGUUUUACUCCCCCCAGGAAAGCUUUGAAGCUGUAAAGCGGGGAGGUGGCAUGAUGGGCCAACGGUUCAUUGACAUCACCCCUGGCUCUGAGCGGCAGUGGGCCAGCCUCAAUGACGGCAUGAUGGGCCAUGCUCCUCACAAUAUCAGCAAAUCAAAUAAUAGCAAUGAGUCUCAGGAACAACAUCACCGGCGUGGUAAUGCUGGGGCAGGAGGCAGGGAUCAACGAGCAAGGUCGCGAUCUCCCCACCGGCAGGAGUUCUGUGUCUACCUGAAGGGCCUUCCCUACGAGGCAGACAAGAAACAGAUAAAGGAGUUCUUUAAUAAUUUGGCCAUCAUGGAGGACAGCAUCUACAUCGCCUACGGGCCAAAUGGGCGAGCCACAGGAGAGGGCUUUCUUGAAUUCAAAUCAGAACAGGACUACAAGACUGCUCUAGGUGCUCACAUGCAGUACAUGGGCACUCGCUUCAUUCAAGUCCACCCAAUAAGCCAGAAGGGAAUGCUUGAAAAGAUAGAUGCCAUUCGCAAACGUGAAGCAGUACAGGGUGAUGGCAAGAACCAGGAUGGCUUGAAGGUUCCCAGGAACUGUGCUCACAUCACCAACAUCCCAUACAAUGUCUCCAAGAAGGAUGUCCGUGCCUUCCUGGAGGGUGUGGGACUUUAUGAGGACACCUUAAAGGUUCUGACAGAUACCCAUGGCAACGGUUUAGGGCAAGCUAUCUUCCAGCUGCGUACCGAGGAAGACGCCCGCAAAGCUGAAAGACUGCAUCGCCAAAAACUCAAUGGUCGGGAUGCCUUUGUCCACCUGGUGACAUUUGAGCAGAUGAAGGAAAUUGAAAGGAAUCCUCCUCCCCAGAACAAGAGGGGCCAACGCAACCAGAACCAGCAGAACCAAAAUCAGAACCAGCACCAGCAAGCCCAGCCCAGUUCCCAGCAACCACAGAUCAACCCAUUUGCAGGGAUAAGUGGAGAGGAGUUUAACUUUCUCAGAAACACAAUGGGGAACCUCAACAGUGCCCCCUUUGUUACUCAAUUCUCAGCUCCAGGGAAUGGGCUAGCAGGCCCCCCUCCUCUCCCUCCUCUGGCAGCAGGACUGGGGGACAUUAAUCUGGGCAUUGCUCCUCCACUAGUGGCGGGUCUUCCUGGCGGCCCGAUCAUGGAGCCACUAAGUUUUCGACCCGGAGGUGCAGGAGGAUCUCCGUUUAGCCAGGAUGCGCUGAGAGGGUUGGUGCCUUUUGACAAUCCUAACAGAAAAGGAAGUGGAGGAGGUCAGACCAGAGGGGGAGGGGCAAACAACAAUCAAGGGCGUCCAGGGGGCGGGGCUGCUGGUGGACAGCAAGUGUUCCCUCCAGGAGCUGACGGUCUCUGUAACCAACAGGCCCCUGGAGGCUCUAACAAUCCCAACAAUCAACGCAGUGCUGCUGGCCCGACAAUUGUAAAGCUUCAGAACAUGCCGUUUACUGUAACUGUGGACGAGAUCAUGGACUUCUUCUAUGGCUACCAGGUCCUGCAAGGCUCAGUCUGCCUGCAGUUCAGUGAAAAAGGCCUGCCAACCGGCGAGGCCAUGGUGGCCUUUCAGAACCAUGAGGAGGCCACUGCCGCUGUUAUGGACCUUAAUGACCGACCUAUUGGAGCACGCAAGGUCAAGAUAAGCCUUGGUAUGGCGGAAUGUGUCACUAAAGUGGAGCUGAGUGUCUCCUGCACCGACCUGUUGGACAAAGAUGCUGGAUCAAAGUCUGAUCCAUUGUGUGUGCUGCUGCAGAGCACAGGAGCAGACAGCUGGACCGAGCUGGGUCGUACUGAGAAAUUGAAAAAUACCUCCAGUCCAUCCUUCAGUCAGCGCCUCAGAGUGGAUUAUCACUUUGAGACGGUGCAGAAUCUGAAGCUGGGGGUCUACGAUAUCGACAACUCCAGCGCUGACCUCGCCGAUGAUGACUUCCUGGGAGGGGUGGAGCUAACUCUGGGACAGAUUGUUUCCAGUAAAACUUUGACCAGACCUCUGCAGCUGAAGAAAGGCAAACCUGCAGGCAAAGGAAGCAUCACUAUCACAGCAGAGGAGAUAAAGGACAACAGAGCCAUUGAGUUGGAGUUUGUUGCCCAAAACUUGGACAAGAAGGAUACGUUUGGGAAGUCUGAUCCGUUCCUGGAGUUCUUUAAACAAGGAAAUGAUGGAAAGUGGCAGCUGGUCUACAGAACAGAGGUGGUGAAGAACAAUCUGAAUCCCUCCUGGAAGAAGUUCUCCGUUCCUCUACAGACGUUCUGCUCCAGCGACCUCGACAGACCCCUAAAGGUGGAUUGCUCUGAUCAUGACAGUGAUGGAUCUCAUGAUCUGAUUGGUUCUUUCACCACUAAAGUCUCCGAGCUGCAGAAAGCUGGACAAGGUUCACAGGUGGCGUUUGACUGCAUCCACCCUGAGAAACAGAAGAAAAAGAAGAGCUACAAGAACUCUGGAGUUGUCUCUGUGAAGAGCUGCAAGCUGCUGACUCAGUACAGCUUCCUGGACUAUGUGAUGGACGGCUGCCAGAUCAACUUCACCGUGGGGAUCGACUUCACCGGCUCUAAUGGGGAUCCUCGCUCGCCCAACUCUCUCCACUACAUGAGUCAAGACGGUACUAACCAGUACCUGUCUGCUCUGUGGUCUGUGGGUAACGUGGUCCAGGACUACGACACUGAUAAACUCUUCCCAGCGUUUGGUUUUGGAGCCAAACUGCCUCCAGACUACCAGGCUGCACACCAUGAGUUCGCCCUCAACUUCAACCCCACUAACCCCUACUGCCAAGGUAUUCAGGGGAUUGUUGAGGCCUACAGGAUGGUUUUGCCUCAGCUGAGACUCUCUGGACCCACAAACUUCUCUCCCAUCAUUAAUCACGUUGCUUCCAUCGCCUCCCAAGCUGCGCAGAGCAACAGCGCCUCUCAAUACUUUGUCCUCCUCAUCCUCACUGACGGUGAGAUCACGGACUUCGAUCAGACCCGCGACGCUAUCGUCCGGGCGUCGCGGCUGCCACUGUCAAUCAUCAUCGUGGGGGUGGGGCCGGCGGACUUUAAGGCCAUGGAGCUUCUGGAUGGAGACGACGGCAAGCUGAAGUCGACAGUGGGGGAGGCCGUUGUCAGAGACAUUGUCCAGUUUGUCCCUUUGAGACAGUUUAAAGAUGCUCCUCAGUCGUCUCUGGCUCAGUCUGUCCUCGCUGAGGUUCCCAACCAGCUAGUCUCUUAUUUCAAAAUGAGAGGCUUAGAGCCAGUUAAACUGCUGCCCCUAAAAUCUAAACCCCGCAUCUAAAUGCACAAAUCCUAAACACCACCACUGCGCUCCCUAAACCCACCCUUGAAGCUGAAGGCCCACCCUCCUCUCAUUCCAGGAUCAGACCUCCCACAAAGUCGACCACCCUUCAGGGACCAACCCCAUGUGUUGCUCGAAUCUCAGCCAAUCACAAUUCAGCAUUUAGCUGUCAGCCAAUCAGGAUGCCAUGGGCAACCCUAUAGUUCUUUUUUUUUUAAUCUGUUUUUAUAUUCACUUUAAAAAAAGUUUUUGUCUACAAUAAGUGGACCACUAAUGAUGUAGUAUAGAUGAUUAAUUCCCUCUGCUGCUUCCAUACUAACUAUGCAGAUCACGUGUUCUUACUAACGUGUUUAACAAUCACAGAGCCACACACACACACA